CUAAAUUAAUUUAUUACAUAUGACCAGUAGGUACUGUAACUGUAUGCAGCUGUGUGGUGUUUUAUCACAGACAUGUAGAGGGCAGCAAUGCACUACAGGCCUGAAAACAACAUCCACACGAAGAAGAAAAAACAUGGAUAAGUGUAGAAAAGCAUGAGUCUCUUCAAAUUAUCAAAAAGUUUGCUUUAAAAUGCCUUUAGUUGUGUUUUGUGGUUAUCCGUGCAGUGGUAAAACCCGACGAGCACAUGAACUGAAAGAUUACUUUACGCAAAACACAGGGAGAAAGGUUCAUAUUGUCGGAGAUGAAGCUCAAGGAAUUGAUAAGAACUCUGUAUAUGCAGACUCACAGAAAGAGAAGAAUUUGAGAGGAGAACUGCGAGCUGAAGUUGAGAGGAAAGUCAGUAAAGAUGACAUUGUGAUUCUUGACUCCUUGAAUUACAUUAAAGGUUACAGAUAUGAGCUCUUUUGUCUAAUCAAACAUACACAGACACCUUAUUGCUUGGUUUACUGUUUAACAUCAGCUGAAAUGAGCUCAGAAUGGAAUAAAGAGAGAGAUGCUGAUGCUCAGUACAGUCAGGAACUUCUUGACGCACUUAUACUGAGAUUUGAAGCCCCUGAUUCAAGGAACAGAUGGGAUAGUCCACUCUUUACUAUUCAGAAAGAGGACACACUUCCAUUUGAAACCAUCUGUGAUGCGCUUUUCAGAAAAAAAGCACCACCGCCUAAUCAGUCGACACAGAGUCAACCCCUCUCAUCCACCAAUUUUCUGUAUGAGCUGGACAAAGUUACACAAGACGUCUUAAUGGCUGUUCUUGACUCACAAAAGACCAGCGUGCCUGGGGAUCUUAUAUCUAUUCCUGGAGCUACAGAAAAGAUCGAACUCACGAGAAGUCUUAACAUGGUGGAGCUAAGGAAACUCAGACGUCAGUUCAUCAGUUACACCAAGAUGCAUCCAACGGAGAACAUUGGACAGAUUGCCAAUAUGUUUGUGCAAUAUCUCAAUAAGAGUAUGCACUAAUUGUACUUUUUAAUUGUAGUUAAUGACAUAUUUAUUGUUUUCAAGUUGCUUUUUAACAAUGUUUAUGUUUUAAGUGCAAUAAAAUGUGAAAUCUUUCAAUGCA